UUUCUUGCGUCGUAACCUAAACUGCUUCGAAAAACUGCGUGACAUUUAUUAAUACUAAAUUUCAUUCAACUCCAGAGUCGGGAGUAGCUGUUUAUCUAGAGGUGGCUCGUCAAUAUUUACAGUUAAGUGUAUGUAAUAGUGCGAUCAUUUCGUUUCCACGUGUUUUGUUUGACUGACAACCCCUCGGCUUGUAUCAUGGCUCAAACGAAAUGCCACUCCAUAGCUCUUAUCGCCCAGCUUAUUUAAUCGCCUGUCCCUGAAACGAAACUACAAAAAAGGCGAACAUGAUGACGACGGAAAUGGAGACAACGGAUGAUGAUCACUUUUCCUCGCGCAACGGGGAAUUACGGUUAUCAGAGGAUUUACCUGGAGAAGAAAUGGGCGGUGGCGGUCUUUGGCCUAGCUAUCCUCUUGGUCUCAAAAAAUCGACUUCGACACCUCCCGGGUCCAGAGAUCUUUCCAGUCCUGUCAUCCUACAAGAAACGGGUUCUGUCCACGAUGAGACCUCAUCUAGUGGAAACAAAGAGGACGAAGACGAGGAUGAAGAAGACGUUGAUGACUUGAAAACUCUACCUCAUGAUCCUGAGCGAUUGAAAGCAUUUAAUAUGUUUGUUAGACUAUUCGUCGACGAAAAUUUGGAUCGAAUCGUCCCGAUAUCAAAACAACCUAAGGAGAAAAUCCAAGCCAUCAUAGACUCGUGUACGCGGCAAUUUCCUGAAUUCGCUGAGCGAGCAAGGAAAAGAAUCCGAACAUAUCUAAAAUCCUGUCGUAGGAAUAAAAGAGCGCGAGAUCCUGGAAAUUGGCCAGAAGCAAAUCGACCAACACCUGCUCAUCUAACCAGUGUACAAGCUGAACAAAUACUAGCGCAAGCUUGUGAAAACGAAAGUCAUAAUGCGAAAAGAAUGCGCCUUGGACUUGAACCUGUGAGUCAACCAAUGCCCGUAUUACCAGGCCAGACGGAGCAGCCGCGACCAAUCGACCACUUCUCAUCCUCGUCUCUGACGACGACGACGACCUCGUCGCUGAACAACAACACGCCGAGCAGCGGGAGCAACACCUCCAUCAGCCAAACGGACACAGCCUCCACGGAGACGAAGGAGCCGCCCGGCGCCGGUGGCAGCGGCAAAACCGUCCUCCAACAGCAUCUCAUUAAUAAUAAUAACAAUAUCGCCAACAAUAACAAUAUCAAAGACGUUCUCAAUUUUACGAAAGGGCUCACCGCCACCUCCAUAAAUAGUGAUCAUAGUUCAUCGAAAACAACAAAUAGUCGAAGUUCCCUGAGCAGUAGCAGUGCUUUAAAUGGCUCUCCAGUAGUUUCUCGGAUGGAAGCAUCACCCUUGUACAGACCCAACCCUGCUUUCAGUCAGGCAUUUUCUCCUCGUGGUGUUUCCAGCCAAACAAGCAUAUACGCGGGCGCCAGCCCGAACAUGUUUUCAGCCUCCCCAUUUGGCCCAGCAGGAAUGAUGGGGAACGGACCCACCGACCUAAGCAUGAAGCAAGCCUCAAAACCCUUAUUAAAUCAUAAACUGAGCCCAGCAGAAAUGGCUGCUGUGCGUCAACUUAUCACCGGAUACAGAGAAUCAGCAGCAUUUUUACUCCGAUCUGCAGACGAGCUAGAGACAUUGCUGCUGCAACAACCUUAGCUUGUUUAACCUUGAUUCAUCAUCUUCGUUCAAUUUUGUAUAGUUUUUAAGCCGUGCAUUUUCCGUCAAUAUUGUAUUAUAAACUAAAUUAAUAAUGUUAUGUAACUGCCAAGUGGAUGUGCAGGUCAUUUUUGUGGAUUCAUAGAUAAUUACCUACUUAAUUAUUAAGUUUUCAAACCAUCUCACUAUUUCUGUUUUCUUAAUAAAAUUGUUAAUUUAUACUUAACACCGAACCACUUCUUAUCUUUUCAUUAUUCAUCCUAGAAUUUCGCUCUGUUUUUCUUCUCCGGCUUUAAAAACAAACAGGUCGGUGUUAUGAAGAUAUUUAAUACUUUAUUGGUGAAUGUCUUUUCAUUUAUAUAAUUUUGAAUGAUCCCACUGUUUCAUUGAUGCUCAAACAUUUCAAUGAGAAUAUUGUUCAAAACGGCAUUAAAACGUAAUUAGCAUUUCCACCAUUUGCUUGAAUCGGGGGUAAUUAUAGAGAUAGGGAGUAUGUGCCUCAAUUAGUAGAUCCAUUGAAAAAUACAACGAAGCCAUUCUAUCUAUCUACUCCAUUAGCAAAAAAGAACUUUAAGAUGAAUGUUGGAGGGUAGGUUAUACAUUUUCAAUCUACGUAUUCCCUCUAGUACUUGUUAUUUUUGACUCUCUUCUAAAUACUCAAAUUUCAGUGACGUUUACUUUUCUCUUUUGUUUUUUUUUUUUUCUUCAAGGAAAUGCCGAAAGAGAUAGGCGGUAACAGGCCAGACACGAAUUUGCACAAUCAUUAAUUGCUGAAUUAUACCGAGGUCAAUUUAACUCGGCAUUGUCUCGAGUCUCUACUUCUUCAGGAGAAAACUCUGCCUUUUAAUAUUUGUUGUGACCACCGAUUCAGAUGGAGAGAGUGUCUCUGAGAGAGCCAACAGUAUUAAAGUCAGCACCUAUAAAAGCUACCUAACUGCUACAUAUUCUUAAGAGAGUAACGAGAUAUUUGAGAUGAGAGUCGUUCCACGCUGAAUAUUAUAGAUAGAAUUUUCUGCAUGCACUGACUAAAAUAAAAGAGUUGGAGAAUGUUUUACCUUUGAAAAGUUAGUUGAUUCAUUAUAACAAUUUCCUUUUUACAGACAGAGUGAGUCGUACGAGUGCUUGCGAUUUAUUUAUUUAAGAUGAAAUGAGUUGUGGUCUAUACGGCGAGUAAAUACAGUGGAGGAGGCUAUUUCAAGAGAAGAAAUUAGGAAUACAGCAUGACAGAGUAAUACAAAAUUGACCUGUUUAUAUUUGCCUCUUGCACUUAAAGGCACUAUUAUUUGAUGCAUUGUGCUUAGCUUUUACAAACUCUAAUAUUAAUGCAACAACUGCAAAUAUACUUCCCAUGGAGUAAAAUGUGCUCUCUUGGAGAAAAAAAGAGAAAAAGACAAAGUAAACAUUUGAAUACAACGAUUUAAAUACAACGAGGGCACUGCUUAAUACU